UGUGUAUGUGUGUUUGUAUGUGUGUGCAUGCAUACGUGUGUGUGUGUGUGUGUGUUCGUGAGGCAUUUGCAUAUGCUGCUGUGUGCAAGGGUGCGUGUACACUGUGCUCAAAUGAUGUAAGCAGACAGCUUGUGUGUCUGGGUUUGUGACGUGUUCUAAAGUUCACAACGAGCCACUUAUUGGGGGGGGGGAGGGGGGUGCUUGGUGUCUUUAUCAACUAGAUUCAGAGUUAGGAGAAAAAAGCAAGCAUAGAAAAGGGACAAAUAGGGUAAAGAGAGAAUGAAAGAGAAAAAUAUGAAUAAGAAAAUGGUAGAAGAGAAGAGAUAGAGAGAGAGGAAAUGGAGAGGUAGACAGAAAAGAAGGGAUGAGAUAAAGAGGGAGAUAGACAGGUUAAUAGAAGAAAUGAGAGAGAAUAUCAUUGCUGAGAAUGAUUUGGAGGAGUGAUAGAUGCAGCUAUUGGGAAGAGGGAGAGAGGGGUUGAAGUGGAAGAGAGGACAGAGAAAGGCGGCCGAGGAAUACAGAUAGAAAUGUGAGGGUUUAAAGAAAAGUGAAUGCACAGUGAUAUCCUGUUCAGUUGAAGGCCACUGAUGCAGGUUUAUUUCUGCUUACGUCUUGCAAUGAUCUCAGGCUUUGCUAACGCAAUCGCAAUGUGUUGUGGAUGAAUUUUUUAAAUGCGUUUAAUAGGCCUGUCUACAUCUCUGUGUUGUAUUUUUAGCAGCCUCCACAGCCCUGUGUGUGUGUGUAUGUGUGUGUAAUGGACUGUGUGCUUUUGGCUUAGCGUCUUCAGCUCUUAAGGAGGGAGCGGUAAUGUGCUGUCUGAUGAGUGUGUUUCUCAUCUGUAUGGAUGGUUGCAGACAGUGAAAUGGAUGGAGAGAAUGCAGGCAGAUGAGUACGCAAUCUUGGUUUUCCCCCCAUCCUUGCUUUGCUGCUUAUGUAUGAGCACUUAAAUUUCGCCAGGAUGACUGGCAUGCCCCUUUCACUCUCUCUCCCCACUCCCUCUCUCUUUCUCUCUCUCUCUCCCUCCAUCUCUCUCUACCCUCCUCUGCCCCCUCCCUCUGCUUCUCCAGAUGUGAGAGCUGUUGUUGUUUUCUCUCCUUCUUUGCCUCUCUCAUUUCGGCAAGUUCAUCCGUCCAUGCUAACUAGCAGAGCCUACCUCUCUCUCUGUCUCUCUGUCUCUCUCUCUCUCUCUCUCUCUCUCUCCCUUUUUCUCCCUCUCACUCAGCCUCUCAGCAUCUUUCCCCAGGUUCCUCAUGUCUCAUCCUCCCCCAAAUUUUUGCCUCUACCCAAGAAAGACCCCAAGAAACUCCCUUCUAACAUACAUACACACAACCACACGCACACACACACACACACACAAGCAUACACUCUCUCUCACACACACACACACACACAAACACAUACACACAAGGAUACACUCACACACACACACACACAUGCAGAGAGACAGACUGAGAGAUACUUAGCUAUGGGAAACUGCAUUAAAUCUCCUAUCAAAAAUCUCUCCAAGAAGAUGGUCCAGGAUGAGAAGCAGAGGUACAGAGCAGUGUGGUCCUCUGAGGAAGGGGGUUCAAGAGGGGGCCCAGGAGGGGGCCCAGGCGGGGGCCUGGGGGCCUACCAGGAGCCUCUAUUGGCCCUAGCCCAGAACUGCGCUCUCAUGCACAACAUGCUGGGCCCUGCCUGCAUCUUCCUCCGCAAGGGCUUCGCUGAGAACAGGCAGACUGACAGAGAACUGCGACCAGAGGAAAUUGAUGAGUUGCGUGAAGCGUUUAAAGAGUUUGACAAAGACAAAGAUGGUUUCAUCAGCUGUAAAGACCUGGGGAACUGCAUGAGGACCAUGGGCUAUAUGCCUACGGAGAUGGAGCUGAUUGAACUCAGUCAGCAGAUCAACAUGAACCUGGGGGGUCACGUGGAUUUUGAGGACUUUGUGGAGUUAAUGGGACCCAAGCUUCUGGCUGAGACGGCAGACAUGAUUGGUGUCAAGGAGCUGAAGGACGCCUUCAAAGAGUUUGACACCAAUGGUGAUGGACAGAUCAGCACAGCGGAGCUCAGAGAAGCCAUGAAGAAGUUGCUAGGACAACAGGUUGGUCACAGGGACUUAGAGGACAUUUUGAGAGACAUUGACCUGAACGGUGACGGCCAUGUAGACUUUGAAGAGUUUGUCCGAAUGAUGUCUCGCUGAAAGACAAGGACCUGACCACGUGCACUGGAUGUCAGUCAGCUGCUGUCCCUGCCCCGUUACAUGAAUGAGGAAGAAUAAUUGAAAGAGAAAAAAAGAAGGACAUCACUCUACAUUGAACUGAGCCACCUUUCCUAAACAGAACUGGAAACUAAACAACCUCUGAUCUCUCAACUACAGACCAAGACAAAAAUGAUCACCACAGCUUCCUCUGCUAUAUUGCCCAACCCCAGCCAGACUAACAACCCUGAUUGACAGACUGACACACUGACAGUUUCAGCACUUUCAACCCUCCCCAAUCCUCAAAUAUAAUUGUACAUAUCUUAUUUGGGGAGUUGGGGCUUCCCCUGCCCUACCAUGUAAUGGCAAUAUUAUUUCUUUAUGUUAAAUGUCUGUUAGUUGUGUGUUUACUUCUUUGUAUGUAUUUGUCUGUUUGCUUGUUGGUACGUGUGUGUGCAUGUCUAUGUGUGUAUGUGUCUAUGUGUGUGUUCGGUUUUAAUUAAGAUGUGUUACUUGACUUUGUGUCUAAAUUAAAGUGGAUGAGUGAUUCAAUUGUAGUCAGAGCUGGAAACUGUGAGACAAGAGAAUAUUUUUAACGUCUUUUUAUUAGACAUAUUGAGGAGCAUCACAAAGCCACGUGAAGAUCGCCAUGCUCCAAUAUUACCAGUUUUGUAAUGAAGACAUAUGUGGUUCAUCCUGCUAUGUCACACGUAAUUAUUAAUGAGAGCCUAAGCACAUGGUUCAGUACACCAGCCUUAAUAUAUUUCUAGAUUUCCAUAAUGAGUUUAAUUGUUCUGCACUUAACAUCAGUUAGAAAUGUUCUCUUGUCUAAUACACACCAUGCAGACUUCUGCUGUGUUUACUUCACUCAUCCCGACCUUAAUUACGCAAUUUCUCAACACAUGGAUGCACUUAUGUGAUAAACUCUGCGUGUUAGUUGUUUAAAUGUACUGUAUGGCAGUUACUGGUGUGUGUCUUUGUCUGCGUUCAGAUUUCUGUCGUGUUCUGUGUUUUUACGCAUGCCAAAAAAGAAACAAACUAUAAAGAAAACACAUCUGUUCUUUUCAGAGGACAGAUAAUAAAUAUUCCUUUACAGCUAA